AUGAAGGAUUUGCGUCAAAAAAGGCGAAACGAAAAACUCCUGAAACGAAUUGAAUGCUAUACCAGAGAAUGUGGCAAAAAUGUAAAAUAUGAAAAAUGGAAGAAAAUGAAGUUGUUCAGGACAAGAGAAGGACGCCUGAGGCGUUUUAUGGGUGUCGAUGAUGUCACAGAUUCGAGCCAUAAAACGAAAUUUAGUGGUCCAGAGCGACCAGUCGACGCUCCAACGGGAGUUCAGGGGUUAAGAAGAGAUUUUGGGGUCGCGUUAAUUAAUACUGCGCCACCGGCACACACCCCGGGUACGCGCAACACUUGGGCACUAACUAUGACUUAA